CUCUGGGAGUGGCGGAAGCGUGGGGCGAGAACGCGGACCAGCCCUUGGGGUCUACGGUCACACCCUCUAGCUCCCGGCCCGCCCCCUUGCGUGACGCGCCCCGGGACUCCCGGACUCAUGCACCCCAUCGGGCCCGGCUCCCCCGAAAAUCGGCCAGCUCCCCGGAAAAUUGAGGCCGCGGCACCCCCAGAAACAGGGAACCGCGUGCAAGUGGUCUGGGGCCUUUUCAAGCUCAGGCUGCGGGUGCUUUCUGCGCGGUCUUCCUCACCCACCAGAGCGCAGCUCUUCCCAAACUCGUGGACUCUAGUCCCCGUUCAUGCCUUCUCGGAGACCCACAGAACCUUCCCCGCCGGACUCACCAUUUUAUUCCUGACUCCAUCGUCCUUGUCUCCAGUAGAGCACAUGAUCCAGAAGAACCAGUGUCUCUUCACCAACACCCAGUGUAAGGUUUGCUGCGCCUUGCUCAUUUCAGAGUCCCAGAAGCUGGCACACUACCAGAGCAAAAAACAUGCCAACAAAGUGAAGAGAUACCUAGCAAUCCAUGGAAUGGAGACAUUAAAGGGGGAAACGAAGAAGCUAGACUCAGAUCAGAAGAGCAGCAGAAGCAAAGACAAGAACCAGUGCUGCCCCAUCUGUAACAUGACCUUUUCCUCCCCUGUCGUGGCCCAGUCGCACUACCUGGGGAAGACCCACGCAAAGAACUUAAAGCUGAAGCAGCAAUCCACUAAGGUGGAAGCUCUGUCGAAACGCCUUACAAACCCUUUCCUUGUGGCCUCCACCUUAGCCUUGCACCAGAAUAGAGAGAUGAUAGACCCAGACAAGUUCUGCAGCCUCUGCCACGCGACUUUCAACGACCCUGUCAUGGCUCAACAACAUUAUGUGGGCAAGAAACACAGGAAACAAGAGACCAAGCUCAAACUCAUGGCACACUAUGGGCGGCUGGCAGACCCUGCUGUCACUGACUCAUCAGCCGGGAAGGGCUACCCGUGCAAGACGUGUAAGAUAGUGCUGAACUCCAUAGAACAGUACCAAGCUCAUGUCAGCGGCUUCAAACACAAGAACCAGUCACCAAAAACAAUGGUGUCACCCCUGGGCCAGAUUCCAAUGCAAAGACAACCCAUUCAGAAAGACUCGACUGCCUUGGAAGACUAGAGGUGUUUCUGUUCAGCACCCCAGGUUGAAAUAGCCAUGAGCCAGCCUCCCAUGACCAUGACCAGGGUCAGCCCUCGGCUCCUUCUUCCUCCUCUCUUACAUUGGCCUGAAGCAGGAGUGGGCCACAGGCAUCCUCUGAUCAGUCCAGACAGAUCUCCUUUGGAUGGGCCCUGUAGGUCAGGACAAAGGGAGUGGGGAUCUGGGGAGGACUUGAUGUCUCAUAGGGUGAUAGUUUAAAGGAUGGCCUUUCCCCUUCCCCAGCCCUACUAGGCCAUGUGUCAGUGAGGCUCUGGGCCUGUCUCCCAUCCAAGUCAGUUUUAGACAAGUCCCUGCAGCUAAAGGACUGAGCUCCCCGGGCUCGAGGCAGCUCCAGUGAAACCUGGCGCUUUCCCACCAGACUCUGGCCUAGGCAGGAAAGGGCAGAGGGAAGUAGCUGCCACAUGGAAGCUUAGAGCUAAUGUGACACUCCCCCUCACCCAGAAAAGUGCAAGCUUUCCUGAGCCUGGGACUUGAUGCUGGCCAGUUGUACAGGUUUCUGCCCACUGUGAAGUUUCCUCCUGGAGCAGUGUCAGCCCCAGCAGAGCAUUGCUGUCCCUCCUUCCCCUUCUCCACAGUUCCUGAAUGGUGCUAAGGACCUGCAGCAACUGGAGACAAGCUAGAGCUGAAGGAGGCCUCAGUACCCAGUGAGAUCACAGAAGGCUCCAGUUGGGGCCUUUCCCUUCCUCUGUCAGAGGAGCUCUGACCUGGGGACUUGUGGGAAAGUCCCCACAUGCAAGUUUCUUUGAUGGCUCGCUGCCCUUAUAGGCAAACUGCCUUGUGUCAGCCAGCCCGGAGGCUCUUUGCUGCCCUUUGGCCCCGCUGGCUCUCCUUCCCCUGUGCAGCAGACCACCGCCCAGGUUGCUAUGGUGCUAGCCAUCUCUCAUCACCUACCGGGAGGCUCCUGGGUGCCCACGAGCAGAACGGGCCCCAGGAAAGAAAGGAGGGCUGGCGCAAGUUGCCGCAGUGAGCAAUCAGAUGCUCCCCAGGCCCAAACCUGGGUUUCCCCAACCGCCUGGUACUUCACUGGGAGCGGGCUUGUAGCUUUCAAGCAGGAAUUCUAGGGAGUGGCACCAUCAGAGGCCCCUCUUUGUUGCCUCAAAGGAGCCCCUAGCUGCUCUCAUGGCCUCUUCCUCCCACUCGCUACCCCUCUCCACCCCUCGCCUGUGAAAUGCCUUUAGUAUCGUAUGUGGGUGUGUGGGUGUGUGCUUAUGCUCUGUCUCUUGGUCACUGAAGCAUCUAAAUAAAGAAUUCUCCUAUGAGCCUGACUACAACUUAACAGACCUGGGAUUUGGAGCUGUAUUGCCAUUGGAUGUAGUAUGUAUGUCUUUAUCCUUCACCCAGGAUCCUAAGUAUUGUUCUUAGGAGUCGGGACAGAGAGAGACAUCCAAAUAGCUUGGCAGCCCUGUGGGAGCCUUCCCAGAUACCCUAAACUCAAUACAACCUCAUCUGCUCAUCCAUCUCCUCCUGUGAUGGGGGGCCUCAUGGGGAUCUUUGGAAGGUUUAAGCUAGUAAUCUACUUGCUUCGAGAGGAUCAUUCUGGCCACUAUGUAUAUAAAGAAUACUGGGGAGCAGGAAAGGAGACCGACAAAGAGGCCAAAAUGAAGGCUGUGUCUCAUAUGGCUCUGUCUGCACUAACCUCUUCAGGGCAGAGACCUAGACUUGGUCGUUCCCACUUCCUUAGUGUACAGAGUGGUGUGUCAUGGGUGUUUGCGGAAUGAAUGCAUGAAUGAAGAUGCAUAAGGCCUUUUCUCUCUCAGUUUUUACACAGAGAUGGGUUUGUUCCAUGGAACUUAUCAUAGGCCUGGUAAUUCUUGGAAGAAACUUUUUCAUGGCCCAAAAACGAGCUGGGAAGUGAGAGUAUGAUGGCCUCAGGAGUCCUUUGUCCAGGCUUUGUUUCAGACAGCCAGAUCUGAGGAAGGUGCCUGGGCAGCCUCAGCUCCCAUUCUUCACUCAGUAAACUGCUCCUGGCCAGCCGGGAAAGACCCUACAGAAUCGGCCCCCACGGUGGGUUCUGGCACUCAGCUUCCAGAGCCCAGACUGCUUAGUAGUUUCUUCAGAGCCCUUCUCCCUGACACAUGUCAGAAUCAGCCCCAUCUAUCAGACAAGGAAGCGAAGAGCAAAGGGGCAGGUGGGCUGUCAUCCCAUGCCAUAUCCUUGCCCUGCAGCACCUCUCUCUACAUUCAGGAGUCCCUGCCGGCUAUGUGCCCAGCCUUGUUGGCAUGGGGACACAGGAUACAGAUGAGCACUUUUCCUUGGGGAACUCACACACAGUUGAAGACCAUGAUGGCGGUGGUCAGAGGGUCAUACUGGGCACUGUGGGAAUGCCUAGGAUGCAGGCACUAACUCAGCCAAGGGUAUGAAAAGCUGGCGAAGCUGAAAAACUAGCAUUUGAUUUGCAUAACCUUUUGGACUAAGUGAUGAUACUCUUGUUUUAUAGAAAAUAAACAGGCUCAAAGGGGUGCAGGGAUUUACCCAAGGCCUUACCACUAAGAAGCAGCAAAAUGGGGAGUGGAACCCAGUUCUCUAGAUUCCUAUUCCAGAACCCUUUUCAAACAAGGACCAGGGUCCUUUCCACAUGAACCCUGGACCUGCCUCACCCACCUGGCAGGGCCGUGGUCUCACAGAGCAAGCAGCCGCUCAGGGCAGGGGUAAUAGCAGCACUCACAACACACUUCAGACAAGUCUCAAUGGUGAUUUUAUAUUCCAAGCCCCCUCUUACCUCUCAUCAUUUUACCCAAGAUUCGUAGUGUAUUAGACUUGAGUUAUAACUGUAAGAAACUGACAGUUGUUACCUAAAAAGAAAUUGAUUCAGCUAAUGAAAAUUUUUGGUACAGAGGAGGCUAGAUUUAAAUUCUGACAAAGUGUCAUCAGGAAGAAUUUAAUCUCGCUGUGCUUUUUUCUGUGUGGCCUCUUCCUCGAGCAGACUCUCCAAAAGGUGACGAGGUGGCCACUGGCAGCUCCAAGCUUAUAUCCUGAUAGAUUGGCAACUUCAGUGGAAAGAACAUCUUUCUACUAAUUCCAACAAAAAAUUCUGAGAUUGACUCAUUAUCCAGCUUGGUCCUGUUCCCAUUCCCUAAACCAAUCACUGUGGCUAUGGGAAAUGGUGCUGUGAUUUGGGGCCUGUAAAGAUGUGAGUUCCACCUAAAACAUUGACCUGCAGAAGGAGAGAUGUGUCCCUAAGAGGAAAAAGGGUGGGGCUCCCUCCAGACUGAAGGAGGAGGAUGGAUACAGGUGGGCAAAACAUAACUGUUGUCAGUCAUACCCAGAAAUUGUCUUUAACUAUUUUUUUCCUAACUUUUUGAGAUACAGCAUACAUUUAGUAAUGUGUGCCAAUUUUUAGAGUCUGGUUUGAUGAAUCCUCAUAUGUGUAUACAUCUGGGCAGUCACCCUCCAGAUCAACAUACAGAACAUUGCCAGCUCCCUAGAAGUUUCCUUCGUUCUCCUUCCUAGUCAGUAUCCCCCAGAAGGAAACACUAAUUUGACCUCUAUGACCAUAGUUUAGUUUUGCUUGCUCUUGAAUUUUAUAAAAAUAUACAUCUUCUUUUGCUCAAUAUUGUCUGAGGUUCAUCCAUGUUAUGGUGUGUAUCAGAAGUUUAUUUUUUCAUGCUGUGUAGUAGCCCAUUAUAUGACUAUCCCACAAUUUUGCCAUUCUACUGUUGACAGACAAUUGGGUUGUUUCUAGUUUUGACUAUUACAAAUAAAGCUGUUGUUAAAA